AUGACUACCAGAAAAAUCUCAUUUGUGACCCUGAUUCUGUUGGAAAUGGGCAUUGGAGUCUCAGGAAAUGUGUUUCUCCUCCUGGUAUCUGUCUGUACGGUUUCCACCAGCCACAAGCCCAGCUCCUCAGAACUGAUCCGCACCCACUUAGCUUUGGCCAACAUCCUGAUGCUCCUCACCAGGGAAAUCCCCGAGACCAUGUCAGCGUGGGGUUGGAGAAAUUUCUUGGAUGCUGUAGGGUGUAAAAUCCUCUUUUAUUUUCACCAAGUGGCUCGUGCUCUCUCCCUUUGCACCACCUGCCUCCUGAGCAUCUUCCAGGCCAUCACCAUCAGCCCCGGCACCUCUCGGUGGGCAGGAGUCAAAUCCAAACUGCCCAAGUGCAUCAUCCCCUCCUGCCUCCUCUCCUGGGUCCUCAAUCUCCUGAUCUAUGUCACUGCACUGAUAUACAUUUCAGGCCCACUGAACAGCACCAGAAAUACAGUACUUCUGAAUUACUGUUCUUCUGUCAGUGUCACUGCAGGAAUCACCUUGGUCAAUGCAAUUGUGCUUUCUCUGUGGGAUCUUUUCUUUGUGGGAAUCAUGAAUGUGGCCAGCAGCUACAUGGUGUUGGUCCUGCAUAGACACCACCGGCAGGUCCGCCACCUCCAUGGGCCAGGACGCUCCCCCAGGGAGAUGCCUGAGGUCAGAGCAGCCAAGAGGGUCAUCGCCUUCGUCACCCUCUUUGUCCUCCUCUAUGGGAGAGAUGGAGUCACGCUAAGCAGUUUGCUCAAGGGGAGAGAAAAUUCUCCCGAGUUGGUCAGCAGCCACUUGGUUUUGACAUUCACCUUCUCAGCCUUCAGCCCUUUCCUAUUGAUUCACAGUAACCAGAGGAUGAGAAUGUUCCGAAAGAGGAAAUCUCCCAUUUCCAAUGCCGAUGGCAUCCCAAGUCCCAGAGAUGGCAUGUUCUCCCCUCCUGUCACUCCAUGA